CUCAUGCCAGGAUUGUCUAGCUGUGGGAAAACAGCCACAGUGGAGAAUUGCUAGUUUUGUCCUGCAGCAGGAGGUGUGUCUUGCGCAAAAGGCAUCGCGGUUACUCCUUUUACACAGACGCGGAUGUGCAUACGUCAUUGUGUCCCCGCGCGGCUUCUUUCAAUCAUAUUCCCUGAUUGCCCAACAUCCCCACCUCUGUCGACUAUUUCCCUUCCCCUCACCCACAGGGUUUCGCAAUCCUUCCUCAAUAUCCCCAAUUGCGCUUGGGUGAGGCCUGCUCCAACGUCUUCAGCCCUGACCUAGGUCCCUCGCAGAGGAGAGCAGCACGUUAUGGCGGACCAACAGCAAACCAAGCCCGGGGGCCAUUACUCUGGCCACAACCCCAUCCCCACCGUGAAGCAGUUUGUCGAGAAUUUGGACAGGGACAAGAAGAGCAGAGACAAGAAACUGGAUGAACAGGCGGCACUGAACAAGCAGCAACAGAAACAGCCGACGGCUGCAAAGGUUGAUGCGCAACCACACCACGCACCGCAGAAGCAGGUCAAAGGAACCGAGCAGACGGUUACGGAUCCGACUACUGGCAACGAGGUCGUUAUCGCGGAUGUUAGCAAAGAGAUGAUGAAGGAAGUCGAUGAUCCGCAUCUAGUUGUGCCCAACGCCAACUUGAGCAAAGACACGCCCAUCAAAACAGAUCCUACCCAGUCGCUCGAAGACUACAAAUACAACCAAGAUGUAACAGCCCCACCAGAUCCAGUCGCCGAAGGCACUACCACGGACGUACCCAUUCACGGGGAAAAGACGAAUGUUCUCUUCCACCCUACUCCGUCCGUGAGUUAUGAGCCAACAUUCAAGAGGCUGGAGCAGCGUGCUACGAUAUUAUGUGCCGCAAUACUUGUUGGGACCAUCGUCGUCGGCAAGCUGUUUGGCGGUGCGCUCAAGGGCCUGAUACCACUAGCCAUGUGCUUGUCGUCUGGAGUUUUCCUGUGGAUGAAGGAGGUUGUUCGCAGCGGCAGGGAGGUCGAGUGGGACAGCGAACAUACCCGAGGUCAAAUGGCUGCUCUUAACCUUUUACCUGAAUCGGUGGAAUGGAUGAACACGCUACUCGCCAUUGUAUGGGGCUUAAUCAACCCCGACAUGUUUCAAGGCGUAGCCGAUAUGCUUGAGGAUGUGAUGCAGGCCUCAGUACCAGGCAUCAUCGAGAAUGUCCGUGUCGCCGAGAUCAACCAGGGCAGCAAUCCUCUGCGCAUCCUCAGCUUGCGAGCACUUCCUGAUGCUCACAUGGGGGAUAUGAAGAAGGCUAUCCAUGAAGAGAACAAGAAGACGAAAGACCCGCAAGAGGCAGCCGCGGACGAGGAAGGCGGUGACUUCUACAACCUGGAAGUAUCGUUCGCAUACCACGCCAAACCUAGCGGCAAGCGAGCAUCGGAGAAGGCACGUAACAUGCACAUGCAGCUCGUGUUCUACCUAGGGAUUAAAGGUCUCUUUGGAGUACCCCUGCCCAUCUUCGUCGAGCUACAAGGCCUCGUAGGAACUGUCCGCCUCCGGAUGAAUAUGACACCUGAACCGCCAUUCUUGAAGACUUUGACAUUCACAUUGAUGGGUGCCCCACAAGUAACGGCUGGGUGCACACCGAUGAUGGAGAAAGGUCCCAAUAUUUUGAACCUCCCAUUGAUCAGCAACUUUGUCAACUACGCCAUCAAGGCAGCAGCAAGCAUGUAUGUCGCGCCUAAGUCCAUGUCCAUUGACAUGAGAGCCAUCCUUCAAGGCGACUCGGUCCAGAAGGACACAGAAGCUCUCGGAGUACUAUGGAUCCGUAUUCACCGCGCUGUUGGCUUGAGCAAGCAAGAUCGACGAGGAUCGAAGCAUGGUGGCAGCGAUCCGUACAUCACACUUGCCUUCUCUAAAUACGGCAAACCAAUGUACUGCACCCGCGUUAUCACUGAUGACCUCAACCCUAUUUGGGAGGAAACUGCUGCUCUACUCGUCGGCCCCGAACUCAUCAAAGCGGAUGAGAACCUCAGCGUGGAACUGUGGGACUCUGAUCGGCACACAUCUGAUGAUAUCGUCGGCAAAGUUGAGCUCUCAAUGCAGAAAAUGAUCCAGCACCCUGGAAAGAUGUACCCGCAGGUUUCGAAGCUCGCAGGUGCGUCAGCUGAGAGCGAAAUGCCCGGAGAGUUGCAUUGGGAAAUUGGCUACUUUAGCAAGCCGAAAUUCAGGAAGGAGUUGAGGACGGAUGGCAAGAACAGAGCACUACCAGAUGAGCUGAAGAAUGACCCUAAGCUGCAAGAUGAUAAGGGUGUUAUCAACUCCGAGGAAGAUGACGCUGUCAUGCAUACCCCUCCUGAUCCCCUUUGGCCCAGUGGCGUCUGCAGUGUUGUCGUCCACCAGAUCGUCAACCUUGAGCUGGAGAACAUCAAGGGCACCACCGGAAACCAUAAGGGACGCGAGUACGAACCUGCAAAGCCCUACGGUGAGGCCAAGGAAGAGGUCGGCGGAGACCUUCCCACCAGCUACUGCACCAUCCUAUACAAUGACGAGCUGGUCUAUCGGACACGUGCAAAAGCGGUGUCAUCGCAGCCAAUCUUCAAUGCAGGAACGGAACGGUUUGUACGCGACUGGCGCUCGGCUAUCAUCACUGUCACCGUACGCGAUCAGCGAAACCGGGAGCAUGACCCCAUUCUGGGUGUUGUGCCCCUCAAGCUAUCUGACAUUCUCGAGACUUCGUCGCAAGUCACGCGCUGGUAUCCUUUGGAUGGCGGCAUUGGAUUCGGCCGUAUACGAAUCUCUCUUCUCUUCCGUAGCAUCGAGACGCGCCUGCCUCCUCAGAUGCUUGGCUGGGAUGUCGGCACCUUUGAGUUCCGUUCUCAGCGCAUCCUUGCGCUCAACUAUGCACACAGUCCCAAACUACGCUUGCGCACUGGCGGCAGUACUGGUAAGCUCGGUCGUGCCCAUGCUCACAAGCUAGACGAAGGAGACGGCUACUACUUUGACCUUGAGGAACAAAACGGAAGGGACAAUAUUCGUCUACCGGUAAAGCAUCGUUAUAGGUCACCAAUCGUGUUCGAGUUCCAUGUCGCCAAUCACCGCAAACCGGAUGCAUACGCUGUAAUUUGGCUACAACACUUCAUCGAUAACGAGGACGCCGACAUCAACAUCCCGAUCUGGACUACGGCUCACCCCGCUCGCCUUACUCAGAACUAUAUCACGGAACACAAUUGCGAUAAAGAACCUGGACUAGAAGACCUCAAGGAGGUUGGCCGUCUCCAGUUCCGUGCACGUUUCAAGGCCGGCACUGACGAGUCGCACGCGGCGUUCGUUACUGAUAACGACACUCGCGAGACCUACGAGACCUGGGAAGCCUGCCUUACAGAAGGUGUGCGCAACCGCAAGGUCGAGAAGGAGCUGCCGGAGCGUGUCCAACAGCUACAUGAGCAAUCAUUGACCGCAGGACGCGACAUUCUGAAGAACGCUGACGACGAAGAGAAGCGAAAGUGGCUCACAAAGGACGGCCAAGACUGGUCUGGUGCGUUCGGAGAGAAUCCCAAGGCAUACAUGAACACCAAGGGACAGAAGAGGAGAGAACCAGGCGUUGAGGAGCCGCUACACGACCGUUUCCACCCCUCUGACAACGAGGAGAACGACGACGACGACGAUAACUCUGAUUCCUCCUCUGACCUCGGUAUUGAAGAUGCAAGCAGUGCCGGUAUCAAGCACCAGUCCACAGACUUAUCACCCAGUGGCAAUCCUCGUGCUUCUGAGUCCACAGCGCGUACCGAUACCACUGCCACAACGAACGGAUCUACUGCAUCAAGCAAGUCUAUCGACAAGCAAAACAAGCGGACGGAGGAGAGGAAGCACCGUGGACUGAUGCAGUGGAAGCCAGCGCGGAAUGCGAGGUUUGCGAAGAACCAGGCGUCGAUCGGUAUGGCCAAGCUUAAGAAGAAGGUUACCGGAGGUCUGGAGGGAAGGCAACCUGGUGUUGAGACUGAAACUGGGACCUAAUUCAACACCCUAACCUUGGGCUUCAGUAGGCGGGAGGAAUAUGUGAGACAUUGGAACUAGUCCUUGACAUCACUUCAGGGACAUGGAUAGGGGCGGACUCGCCAGCAAAAACGGUUAAUGAACCUUUCUCCUAAACUUUUCACGACGGCAACUGCAUGCUUGGGCAAACAUCCGGGGUAAUGAAAUAAGGAAUGUAUAACUACCUAAUGGAAUUUUUUGUACAAGCUUCUCCCCU